AUGAAAGAACCCCGAUAUUUUCCCCUAGUACGGGUCUUUGAUCACUACAUCCAGGCACUUAACAGUCUACCUGACGUACUGAUGAUACGAAGAAAGCUGAAGUCCGAGAGCAGAGCGACGCAGGAUAGGUGGCAUCCGAACUUCUAUCACAUCUCGUCUGCAUGGCGUAGACUUGACAUGUUGAGUUGUCGGGGAAUCUCAUCCUUCAGCUACGUCUUUGCAUCUCCCAAAAAAGUAGAUCAGUCUAUACUCAAUGGAGACGAUUUUGCCCGUCAGAAUCUUGGUACUGCUUUGAUGAUCAUCUUGGCCUUGUGGGAGACCGUAGUAGUGCCUUCAGCUGAGGUCCCCUCUCGUCCCAUUCUCGUCUCGGUAGGUGAACUUGACGAUCACCGCCCGGGUCACUCAGAUUCCCCACUUCCAAACGCGUAUGUGGUCAAGGUGGAACCGUGGACGGGUGAUGGAAUAGACAGGGCCAGGGGGUCAAGAUCAAGGCACGGCCAGAGCGAAGAGUCGAGACUACAAGGCACCACCGCUUUUUCCCCUGCUCCAUCCGCCAAGGAAGAAUAUCUAAGAGAACUAGGGCUCAGACGAAAACUCUCCUUCUGCCUCUUUUUGCCCAUUCAGGCUCUCGUAAGUUUGCCCCAUCAUGACCUUGGCUCGUGGACGAUCCGGGACGCGAGUCGAGAGUCAGGCCGUCAGGGUUUUGGGGAAACGUUCAUUGUGGGCUAG